AUGAAUGUCGAUGCAUCAAAUCAACCGCUAUCACCAGCUCAGCCGAUGAUCAUAGAUCAACCAUUACAACAGGCAAAUCCAGGAAAAAAACGCAAAAAAUAUCAUGGUAUUAAAAAAUUACAACGUUUCAGUCGGAGACGACGUGAUCGCGGCAUUAGUGACGAAGCAAUAAAGAAAAUGAUUAAGUCAGGGAAAUUUGUGAAGAAAAAGAAAAAAUCAAAACAAUCGAAAAACGUUACUACUACAACGAAUGCUCCUCCAACAGAAGUUCCGGUCACAUCAGAACCGAAACCAAAAAAACAAGAAAUUCACAAUAAACAGGAAAAAUCUACUACAUUUGCAAAGAAACGUAAACGAGAUAUUUCUUCAUUUGAACUUCAUUAUCAUUUGGUUCCAUCGACAAGUAAUGUAAGUCUUCGUCCAGCAGCACGCAAAAAAAUGAAAAGAACCAUUUUCAUCCAAUCAAUCCCAUCCGAUAGUAUCAGUGUGAAUAUGAAUUAUCCAUUACCGGCUUAUUUAUCUCAUUUACCACAUUUAAUCUUUCAAACCUUACGACAAGAAUUUAAUUGUGUAAUAAAUAAAAAAGAUGAACGAAUAUUUCUUCAUGUGCGCUUACAAUUAUUAGAUCGUCGAUAUCGUCUAAAACUUGAUCAAGGUUUAUGGCAAUCUUACUUAGAUAUUGGUCACGAAGAAAAAUUAUGGCCCCGUUCAUUAUAUGAAAUGGUCAAAACCAAUCAAGCAGAUCUAUGUGAAAAUUAUAUUAUGACACAAUUAGCUAUUACCGAUGAUCAAUUAGAGCAAUGCGAUAUGGAAUUGGAUAAACAAACGAAACCACCGAUAUCAACUCUAUUACCACCAUUAGAUAUUAUGGAUACAAGUUUAAAAAAUUAUGUCUCCUUACAACAAAACUAUUUAGUCGAACGUAUACAACAUAAAAUAAUGAAAUUUAAGGAUGAACUUCGUCAUGAAAAAUUGUAUCGAGAUUUGUUUUCUUACAAUCUCAGUACUGUUCAACGACAAAUGCUUGAACAGAUCAUUCAUGUACGAAUGACACAAUUGCAAGUUUACGAAGAAUUUAUGAUGCUUGAACAACGUAUUUUACAUCAGUUUCUACCACCGAAUUUUGAUCAAUUUGAAAAGAUUACAGCACCGGAUUUUUAUUGGCCACCAAUUACUGAUCAGACACUAGUCAAUAUACGAACAAAACAUCGUACAAUCUUAAAACGAGAAAAACGUAAUUUACUAAAUCUGUUUUAUGCUGCCUAUGAAUAUAAAGUCAAUGAAUAUCAAGUACAGUAUAAAGAAAAUUUAAAUCAAUUAGAAUUACAAAAAUUUUCUACUGAAAUUCAAAUCAAUGGCAUAUCUUUAAUCAACUAUUUCAAAGCUUAUAUGUUACAUCAUACUCAAACAGCUAUUGAUAAUAUAUUUCAUAAAUUAAGUCACUUUCGACAGAUCAUUGCUCAACGUUAUCAACAAUCAUCAGCUACCAAGACAAUGGUCGGCGUAUCACCUGAAGUGAUUGUUGAUGUUCUUUAUUGUCCUUAUAAACCCGAAGAAUUAUCUCACUUAUCCUUAGGUCCAAAUUAUGCUCGACCUAAUCCAAGUGCUCUUCGUAAGUUGAAACAUCGCGAAACACAAAUAGACCAUCAUCUGAAAGAUAUCACUACGAAAGUUAAAAAUCAAUUAACGAACUACUGUCGUAGAGAACCACCAGUCCCAAGAAUAAAACAUUAUUCUGAAUUAGUUGAAAAUUUACUUCAACAACAUUAUAUGGCUCCAUUAUCCUAUGUUGAUCGCAUGCGCGCUGAACGAGAAUUCAAAUUGGUUAAGUCUAUUCGACAUAAAGCACAACAUGCGAAACUUAUUAUACGUAUCUGCGAUAAAGGUGGUGGUUUUCAUAUUGGUAGCAAAAGUGAUUAUGAAAGAAAAGCAGCUAAAUAUCGUGAAGAUACAAAAGCCUAUCAAGAAUUAUCAUAUAAUCCAUUGAAGGAAAUAUUCACUAAUGUAAAAAAUGCACUUGACGUUCUCAAGAAUAAUAAGCAAUUAACACUCAAGGACUAUAAUCGUCUAAUGCCGAAAGGGGAUCAAGUCAAAUUAUCUUACAUGUAUUUUAAUCCAAAACCACAUAAGGAAGGAACACCAUUACGACCUAUUUUGAAUACUAUUAAAUCAGUAACCAGAUCUAUCUCUGAUUUCUUAAAUGAAUUGAUUCAACCUAUCUAUGAUCAAUAUAAUAAAGAGAAUACAAUUACUGAUGGUGUAAAUCUUAUCAAACGUGUCGAAAAAUAUGCUGCUGAUGGUUAUCUUAAACCGUCGACUCUUUUCUGUACUUUUGAUAUCAAUAACUUGUAUACCAUGUUGCCACAAGAUGAAUCCAUUCGAAUUCUAGGUGAAUUUCUUCAUACAUAUGUUGGUAAAAGAGUUAAAAAUAUCUCGGUUGAGACUAUUCAAAAAUUGGCCGAAAUUGUUGUCAAAGAAAAUGCUUUUGUUUACGAUCAUAAAUUCUACCGACAGAUUAUUGGUGGUGCGAUGGGUUCUCCAUUUACAUUAACUCUAGCCAAUAUAUUUAUGUGGCAUUGGGAACAACGUUGGAUUCGACGACAAAAUAGUAAGAAAGAAAUCUAUGGCCGAUAUAUUGAUGAUGUCUUCUUUACAUCGAAUGAAUCCAUUGAAAUAGUUCAACAAUUAUUACAGGAUGCCAAUGGAUGGCAUCCAAAUAUAAAAUUAGAAUCGAAUAUUGGAAAGAGUGUUUCAUUUUUGGAUGUACUCUUGACUAAUACUAAUGGAACUCUUCAUACAUCUGUUUAUCAUAAACCAUCAGCUGAACCAUAUGUUGUUCCAUUUCUUUCGGAUCAUCCACGAUAUACAUUUCCAAAUAUUAUACAAACAGCACUUGUUCGAGCGAUCCGAUAUUCAUCAAACUUCGAAGCUUUUAAUAUUGAACGACGUGGUGUCAGAUUGAUGUUAUUAUUUAAUGGUUAUCCAACCGGAUAUAUUGAUAGAGAAUUUCGGAAAAUCUUAGGAAAUUACAUAUCAUCAAAUUCAAUUCUACCAACAAUUGAAAACGAAGAAAAAUUUAUUGAAUUACGCAAAGAAUAUAUGAAUCAACCAACUGCUCGAUCUUCUCAAAUCGAAGCACGUAUUACACAAUUCAAAGAAAACAAUGAAGAAUCUCAUAUGGAACAACCUGUUCAAACAAGAACAACCGAUACAAAAAAAUCGAAAAACAACAGUUUUCGUGACGCAAUGAUUAUACACUAUACACAUGAAAUGCGAUUUUCCACUAUGAAAAAAGAUAUGCAUAAGAUUUUUCGUGAAGCUUUUGAAGGUUAUGGUUUAGAAGCUGUUCGAUUGAUUGUGGGUUAUCGAAAUCAUCCGAAUUCUGAACGUGAAUUAGCACGUAAACGACCACCUCUCAAAUAUCUUACAUUAAAACAACAGCAAAAAUCGACAUCAAAAACUGAAUCCAAUACAUAA